AUGAGCGUGCGCACCAAAAGGCCUAGAUUUAACCUAACAGAUCUGGACUACGAAUUCCACUACUUUAUCAAGAAUAUGAGUUGUAGGGCCGUGAUGAGACUUCCUUACACAUAUCGCUGCAGGAUGGCCACCCAGGUCAGUGACUGCAAACGCAUUAUAAACUUUUUCAAUUACUUCAGGAUGAUGUAUUGCUCAAUUGACAUCCAUGACAAAGCAACAGAGGUCCUGCUUAUGUUCCUGUUUGGCUUCAUAUGUGUAGCGUUCCUGUGGCUAAUGUCCUUCAAUAUCGGCACCUACUUUUCCCCCGUCCUGAAGAUAAUCUCUAUAAAGCUGCACAUGAAUGAGUACCUGGCAGGCGUUACCUUUCUGGCAUUUGGCAACUGUAGUCCAGAAAUAAUAGCCAAUCUGAUGCCCGUGAGGGCCGAUGCACCCAUCUUUACCAUAGCUGUCGGUAAUAUUUUGGCCAUUAUUCUGCUGAGUGGAGGUACAGUGUGUUUUCUGAGACCCUUCAAGAUCAACGGACAUUCCACUCUGCGAGAUCUACUGUUUCUUCUCCUGGGUGUGGAGGUCCUGAGGUUCGUGAUGAUCAAGGAGGGAGCAGUGACCCUAGGAGAGGGUAUAGUGCUCUUCUCAAUUUACGUGGUUUAUGUGGCGAUCAAUAUAGCUGAUUUGGCGUUGUUGCGCCACUACAUCAAAAAACUUCGAAGAGAACUGGACUAUUUGGGAAGCUUGACUCCUCCACCAACCAACGAAAUAAAUGCAAAGCUAAGAAAACUAACUUCGUGGGAGGAGCAGGAUGAUAUUGGGAUUAAGGACACCACGCAGUAUCGUCGGUCCAGAGAUACGAGCAACCAGUUCUCCAAUAUGACCAGUAGUGGCUACUUUGUGACUCCCCGCCCAGAAAACCUACCGGGACACAUUGACUACGAGACCAAUCGCACACGGCUGCAUAACCCGGAGAACCCCAGAAACCUCCAACUAUUCACGGAGUUCUUCCAGUCCCUCAAUCCGGUUGAUGAAGAGGCGUGGCAGCUGGGUGGGUGGCUUAGUCGAGUAUACCUGAUUGCCAGGUGCCCCCUGGUGUUCGUACUUCAGCUCUUCAUUCCGGUGGUGGACUACGAGAAGGUCAAGCACGGCUGGAGUAAGCUGCUCAAUUGCACGCAGAUCGUGACGAACCCAUUCGUGGUCAUUACCCUGGUGCACUCUGGGGUGUCCAGCGUCUACAAAAGCUGGCACAUAACCCUCGACUUCAGUCUCUCCAUGUGGUCGCCGUGCCUGACAGUCCCGCUGGCCAUUGGGAUUUUCCUCCACUCUCGCUCGGAUGUGCCGCCCUGCUAUCACCACCUGUUUAUUAUCCUCACUUUUUUCAGCUCCAUGGUGACCCUCUGGAUCGCCGCCACCGAACUGGAAGUGCUCUCUGAGAUCGUGGGCAUCGUAUUCAAUCUGUCCGAGACCUUCAUGGCGGUCACCUUUGGAGCUGUCUCGAAUGCCACUCCGGACAUUAUAGCCAAUUACCAGCUGGCCUUGCAGGGCUACGGCCGUAUGGCGUUUGCCGCCAUUAUAGGAGGUCCAGUUUUUGCGAUUUUGAUCAGCAUGAGCUUGGCCUUCAUGUUCAAUCACAGAGUUCGCGAAUCCGGCGCCGAAUCGUGGGUGUACGGCGAUCUGGGCGACAACUGCUACCUUUUCCUGGUGAUAACCAUUGUGACCACGUUGUGGUGGAGCGUCACCUUCAAUUUCCACGCUCGCAGAUCCGCUGGAGUUUUUCUAUGGCUUCUGUACUUCCAGUUCCUCCUAUUUGCGGUCUGUGUGGAGUGGGAGCUUGUUCAUGAAUUUUCCAGAGACCAAUACUUUAAGCCAAUAUGA